UUAGGCUUUUAGAGGAAAAAGAGGUCAGGGACAAGGCAAGAGCUUACUACCUUAUUUUUUUUUGUGGGUGGAAGUUGUCUAUCCUACCUCAUUAGUGCCGGCCAUGAAAUUGCAGAUUGAAUGAUUUAAGAUUGUAUUCCUGGGAGAGGCUGAAAUUGCAAUUAGGUUAGGUACUGAGUCUUGGUUUGAUGAUGUGGGUUUAGCACAAGAGGCUCCAUUUUGAGCUUAUCUCUUUAAAAAAAAAAAAAACACAUGACACGAGAUCCUUCAUAAGGAAGUGAAGAUCCGAAGAAACAGACCUGAAUAUUUUCAUGAAGACUGGACAGUCGUAGAGGAAUAUGAUAAGCAAGGGGUAUGAGUGGAAAAAUGAAUGCAAGACUGAGAUCAAGAUCUAGAGGAAGACCGGAUGGUCAAGAGUCCUCUGAUCAAGUUAAACCUGCGGUUGCCCAGCAACCAACUGAUAAGAAAACUGAAGAGGAACCUGCAGUUGGGGCUCCGAAUAAGGAACCUGGACAAGAGAAAGAAGAGGGAGUACCUGUGGUGAAAGGUGAAGGCCAGAAAAUGGCUCAGGGAGAGGCUCAGGAUGAGCGUGAUGAGCGUGCAGAUGGCAGUGAUUCGGAUGAGAAUCCAGCUAUUCUGGUGCCUGUUAUGAUUCCAAAAGCUUCAGCUUGCCCUUGUACUCCUGGCCCUGUCUCAGACUCAGCAGGUCCAAGGCUUCUGCCCCAGAGUAGAAUUAUUUUAGCAGAAAUGCAAAUAGAAUCAAAGAGCUCAAGAUCAGCUAUUGUGUUACAGAAGAGUCUUCAGAAAAUUGACACAGAGAAAAAAGGACUAAAAGAAAGGCUUUUUGAGUUGUAG